AUGGAUCGCGAGCCGCAGAGCGCGCUGCUAGAAUCGCGACCAGCUGCCUCGGACCCUGACGAGACUCGCCACGGCCUGCUGCACGCCGACAACGAGCUGGCUGACCUCGGCGCAAAGGAUGUCACAGCAGUGCCGCAGGGUCCUCUCUCGGCCGGCCGCUGGGCCCCUGCGGGCAGCAUCAACAACAUAUACCAAAAGGCAAACCUGUGCCUCGUCGCGCUGUGGCUCCUGAGUUUCAUCGUGCUCGGCGCCGCCGCCAGUGUCCUCGCGCCUGCCGAGCAUCUGCCCGAGGUCAUUCCCCUGGCGGCAUACGCCGUCGCAUGUGCUGGCAUCCACAUCCUCUUGCUCUUCUUCCAGCUGAGGACCAAGCCUGGCUCUGACAAGAGCCCUUCGCCGCCGGCCUCGUAUCUCGCAGGCACGGCCGUGUCGAUUGUCAUGUGGGCAGGCGUCGUGGGGUGCGCCGUGCCGAUGCUGCUGUGGACGCGGGGCGUCCGAGAUGAGCGCGACGAGAGCACGACGACGUACCACUGCGGGAAGCACUCGUCUGGGCCUUGUCACCCCCAUACCGCCAGGGCAGUGUUGUUUGAACGAGCCGUGUUUGUCCUCGUCGUGUCCUGCCUCGCCUUGUGA